AUGUCCGCCGGCCCGAACCCAAAGGACUCUAUGAAGUCAACUUGGCGAUUUGCCAACAGAGACACAUGGAACUUAAGCCACUGGAUACUCGAACUCCUCGAUGGACAUCCGGUCGCCUUGAAUAAGCCGGUACCCAAGCACGCAAAAACAGAUAAAAUCCCAUAUCUGUCACAAUGGUCACAGCAUCUUUGGGUGUUGUUCCAUGCUGUCACGCCACUGCUUAUCCACCAGGCUAUUCUGAGUUUUACGGGAUUGCAAAGUCUGAAUUAUAUGCUCAUGUUUGCGUUUUACUUCAACGCCUUCAAUAUCAUCCUCAUCCGAGAAGUCCACACAAUUCGACGAAUGGGUCAUAAAUGGGGCUUCCUCGACGGGGAUGUCCAUGACCGCGAUGGAAUUCCAGAUGUGGGAGUGACAAAGGUCCUCUUGUCUGCUCUCAAAGGCACCGGUGGCAGAGUUGCGAUGGCGAUAUACUUCUCAUACAAUAAGGAAACACAGCCCAUUGAUGUGCUUUCUGAUUGGCACUGGUGGGCAUGGCUUGUUCUCGAAAUCGGCCUCUACGGUGUUAUCCUGGACUUUUGGUUCUACUGGUACCAUCGGCUGAUGCAUGAUGUGUCCUUCCUUUGGAAGUAUCAUCGUACUCACCAUUUGACAAAACAUCCCAAUCCACUUAUGACGGCUUUUGCAGACGAGGAGCAGGAGUUCUUCGAUCUUGUGGGCAUUCCUUUCAUGACAUAUAUGAGCCUUCGGGCUAUGGGGCUCCCGCUGGGCUUCUAUGAAUGGUGGCUCUGCCAUCAGUACAUUGCUUUUAUUGAAGUUGCUGGUCAUUCCGGACUGCGGCUUCACGGAGCGGGGCUAUCAACGUUCCAUCCUAUUCUACGAUAUUUCAAUGCGGAAAUUGUCCUGGAAGACCACGACUUACACCAUCGCAAGGGCUGGCGUAAGAGCCACAACUAUGGCAAACAAACAAGGCUCUGGGACCGUGUCUUUGGCACGUGUAUCGAUCGAAUCGAAUCAGCACCGGAAAACGUGGACUAUGACAACCCAGCGCAUGUACCUCUGCUGUGA